CUCCUUCUCAUAUCCGCAACUCAACAAGCCACACAUAUCACACAUAUCAACCACCUGCAAUAUUAUAUUCAAAGUCAAGGUUUUCAGCACAAAUCAGCACACAUAUCCGUAUUGGAAUCAAUUGAUCACUCAUCAUAUUCAUACCCACAAAGGAACUCAGGUCGAAAUCAACCACCAUCACUUUUCACCCACCUGAAUAUAUAAGUUAAUAAUGAUGAUCAAAAACUUUCAAAUCACCCUUCAAAAUUGACUCAUACCGCCCGUUUUCAAAUUGAUCUUGAUGAUCAUCAAUUUUUUGAUGUAUUUUUAAUUUCUUGAUUCUUGAUCUCUUUAUUCAACUUUUCUCUGGCCACUUUUUUUCUCAAAACGACAUUGUCAAACCUCAUUGUAAUGGCAAAAAAAACCGACCGUUCUAACAAUCAUGAUGUUCAUCUCUUUGCAAAACAAGAACGAAAACGCCGCAAGACUGUCCAACGUAUCACCGACACACCAGAUCAAGUCAAGGAUGUUGGAGUACGCCUUGGCAUUAUACCACCACCUCCUUCUGGAUCUGCACCACAACAACCACCUGUAGGUGGAGACGAUGAAGAUGCAAUUGACGAUGACAAUGAUGAUGCAUGGAUAGAUGUGACUGAUGUACCAGAAUAUGUGCAAAACCUGUCUCGUCCACAUUCUCCGGCCCCACCAACCAUCGAUGACGAUUGUAAUAACUUCUACAUCAAGCAUAAGGGUUGGUCACGCAUCUGUGAAAGAGAUAGAAGAGAGAAGAAAUGGAAGACCUUGCGACUUCGACUCAUCACUACUUACCUCGAACGCCAACAUCAGACCAUCAAUUGGACUUCAGCUCCUUCUUACAUAGAGGAUUAUCCGGUGAUAUGUUCAUGUUCACGGUCACAGAUCUGUACACGAGAAGUUGAUCUUAUUGAUAUAGGGCGUCGCACAAGCAAACAGUUACUUGUAUUCUGUCAAUGCAUUCCUGACCCUAUCCGCUUAAUGCACUAUGGCUAUUUUGCUGGAUCACCUGACAGUCCCUCGACUGCUUUCUCUGUUGCUUUCGUCGAACUCUAUCAGGAAAUUUGGAAGCUGACAGCCUCUUCUUUAAGUGGGUUCUUGGGUGGUUUGAUGGGAUUUGGCAACUUACGAUCAAAGAAAUACCUCUGUCCUCGAAAUCGCCCACACACACUGCUCAUCAAGCUGGAGGCCUCAAAGUUAUUCUAUCCAAUUUCCGUCCUUGAAGAUAUCCUCAAGAGCUUUCCCGAUAAGCGCGUGGCUGUAUUGUACGACAUUGGGUGUCAUCUCGAGGCUCACAUUCAAAAGGAACUCACAGCUGGUAGUGGAAAGUGGCUAUCUAAGAAAUACCAUAAUGCAGCUCGAGUAUUCACACUUGCUAAAUUCGAGCUAGAUUCACUUUUCAAGUCUGUCAACCCAGCCACCGGUCGAAAGUAUUCGAUUUCAUUUUUGGAGAGACAGUGGGUAUCAGAACGCGAGGCGCAAGCUAGUAAGAGCCAUCACAUGGACCAAUUGCGCUUAACAUUGGGGAACCUUCUGUGCUCACGAGAUAGACUCAAGGAAGUUUGGAAAACUACAGUCAGUCCUGAACACGCUGAGGCUCAUAUGCGAACCGCGCAUAACCUAAAUCAACAGAUCUUAGAGGCAAGCCAGAAAGUUGGCAGUGCAGGCAACACACACUUUGCUAAUAAAACACAUCAGGAAGUCAUGUUAAAGCUUUGGAGUAGUAAACAUGAACUUCGAAAGAAGUUCAUUGAAUUGAAAGAACAAAAACGACCAAUGGAAGUGAGUCGAUCCAACGGCAGAACCUCCAAUCUAGGCGUCAACCGCACUUCCAUUGUAGUUACCUCUGUCCAAAGGCAUGCGCUGGCACUCAAGAAAUUUCUGGACUGCUACCUCAUUCAACUUGAAGAUUAUCGAAAGGUCUUUCCAACGAAUAUUGUACCAGACCCUGCCACCAUGAAUCUCGAUAGGUUGCUCAAGCUUGAGGCUGAUUCCCCUUUCUGGAAUGACGGAUUCAUCACUCAUGCUCAUGAGCCUUGGGCCGUUGAUCCCAAAACGCAGCACGGUAUGAGACAACUAGCAUAUUUCCAACGAUCAAAAGAAGAGCUUCGUAGGAUCGGAUGGGAGAUACGACGCUCAAUGCGAUGGGCAACUCGGCGGCAUCAAAGCCUAUUGAGAUUAUUCAAAGAACUCCGAGAUUUUAACUCGGAACUGACAUCUGCUCAAGCUAAAUCACUACUAGUUUCUCUUCCUUCCAGAGUCGCAGUGACAUCAAUCAUUCACACAGAGCUGUUGAAAGUAUUUCAUCUCCAGGAGUUGUGGCACGAUCCACUCAUGGAUAUCUUGUUCCGAACUGACUUUCAACAAGGAGAUCAAGACCUUUUGUAUUUGUGGAAACAACAAGUCUUAUGGAUCUCUUUGAUGCGCGAAAAAGGGGAACUGUCUCUGAUCCCCGGCGAUUUUGCCUGCAUGCCACAAGAACCGCCCAACAACUUACCCGAUUUAUUUGAAGUGGAAGUGCAAGAUGAACAAAGAAACACCUUUCAGUUUCCUGAUGGGGAUUCAGAUGCUGGACUUGCAACUGAGGAUGAGGAAGACGAAGAUAAUAGGAUGUUAGGAGCAUUAAAUGAAGAAGAUAUGACAGCUGGUUUGAAUGUAUUAUCUUUGAAUGACAUACCUGAAGAACAACCUGAGGAGAUUCUUAUGGCUUAG